GCCUCCCACAGAAGUGCAGCAGGGACAGAAGGAAGAUCAGCAGCACACAAAGCAAGAAACACCACAGAAGCCAACAGGACUUUUUUUCAGCUGGUUAGUUAACAGCUUCUGACUGCCACCACCUCCAGAGGAGGGAAGUGCAGUGAGUUGGAGCAAGGAGGUUUGAAACAAAAAGGAAUAUUCUUUUCAACACAGCAAAUAAAACUGAAAAACUCACAGCUGUAGACCAGCAGUAAAGUAAUCGCUGCAGGGAGGACUUGCUGCAAUGACCCAGACAGUCUAAUCCAUUGGUCUUCUUGUGAUGGAGCUGAAAGUCUGGGUGGAUGGGAUCCAGCGGGUUGUAUGUGGCGUCUCAGAUCAGACCACUUGCCAGGAGAUUGUCAUAGCAUUGGCACGUGCUAUUGGUCAAACAGGCCGGUAUGUCCUCAUCCAAAGACUGCGGGAGAAAGAAAGGCAGCUUCUCCCUCACGAAUGCCCUGUAGAGUCUCUGGCCAAGUGUGGACAGUAUGCCAAUGAUGUGCAGUUCAUAUUGCAACGCACCGGCCCCAGCCUCACAGAGAGACCGUCUUCAGAUAACGCCCCUCAAAUACCCGAGAGGACGUUUGUCAGGGCCAGCCUGCCUAUCAAACCUCGGCCAGCUAGCACAGAAAUGCCCAGGUCUAGGCCGCCCAAAAAAUCCUUAACCUUCAACCUGGGUCCUAUGAGCUCAAGUGAUCUGCUUGCAAAGAGUAAGCUGAGGCAGUACAAAAAGGACACGGUGAGCUUGAGGGAUGGUGCCAAUGGGGGCUUUCUUUCCAAAGAGGAUCUGUUCAAGACUGUAUUGCACCAACAGGAGCAUCUCUACACCUUAGAGAUGAAGGGGGAUGACUUGGAAAUGGAUCUCAGGCACUGGGAAUACAGCAGAAACUCCAGCCCAGAGGGAGAGAUUUUGCAUUUGGAGCAGCUGAUCCGGCAAAAUGAGAGUGAGCUGAAGGAGGAAGAGUAUUGGCAGAGUGAGCUGCGAUCAGAAAAGGAAUGUGAAAGAGAGCGGCAAGAGAAAGUGCGCAGCCUGCAGGCCACCAUGGAAGAGUACACGCAAAAAAUCCACGAGCUGACACUCAAAACAGAGGCCUUGGAGAAAGAAAUCCAGUGGGAAAUUGCUGAGAGGGCCAAGAGGGCAAAAGAAGCUCCUAUUCAGAGUCCUGCUGAAAUGGAGAAGAUGGUUGCCAUGAUGAAAAGGGACCUGGAUGUAAAGGUCAAGCAGAGCGUCCAGCUGGAGAACAGUCUGGAAACUGUAGGGAAGGCUUUGGAGGAAGCAGAGCAAAGCUUUCAGACCCAGAACCAAGAGCUGGAGGAACUAAAUAAGGAGCUGAGGCAGUGUAACUUGCAGCAGUUCAUCCAGCAGACAGGAGCCAUGGUGAUUCUCCCGCAGUCCAGAUCAGAGGCGGAACCCCAGCUGGAUCAAACUAGCCAUGAGCUGCUGGCUCAAGAGAGAAAUGGAGUGUUGACAGGCCACAUGAAUAUUCAUCAUGCCUCGUAUUCCAAAAGCGUGUGA